UGUGCGUGGUGGAAAGCUGGAGAGCAGCAGAUGGAGUAUGGAUGUGUGAAGCGCAUCAGUUCAGUGAGGUGAGGAUUACUGUAGGUCCAAACGCAAGACACGCAUUUUAAAAAAUCUGCUUGGCUAUAUCAACAUGACAACUUUUGAUUUUUCGGACGUGGAGGCAUUUCUAGACUGCCAUCCCGAGCUUUUUGAGGAAUAUCUCACGAGGAAAGGAAAAAGUGACACCUUGAGCAGGUGGCCCAAAGAGCACCAGCCGUCCAAAACCUCUCCGGUGGACGAGAAGCGCGGAGUCGCCAGGGAUCCGUUUUGGCCCACGAACCCAGACGGACUGAGGCGCAGAUCGUCUCACAUGGAGCUCCGCAGGAACUUUGCACGGUCCAAAGCGAUGACGGCGCACCGGACCUACGACGAGCACGUCAGUCUCACGGCUCACGAGUCCCAUUCGAGCAUGCGACGGCGCGCGCUCCUGCGGAAAGCCAGCUCGCUACCGCCGACCACCGCGCACAUCCUGAGCGCGCUCCUCGAGUCCAGAGUGAACGUGCCUCAGUAUGCCUCAAGCGCUAUUGACUACAAAUACCGGCUCAAGGAGUCCAACGAGAGAGAGUUUUUCCUCGAGCUCGUAAAAGACGUUUCUAACGAGCUUGACAUGACCAACCUGAGUUACAAGAUUCUCAUCAAUGUGUGCAUCAUGGUGAACGCGGACAGGUGCUCGCUCUUCCUCGUCGAGGGUCCGUCUCAUAAGAAGAUCCUCGUGUCCAAGUUUUUUGACGUGCACUCGGGAACGACGGUCCGACCCUCCUCGAGCACCCUUGACUCAAAUGAGGUGCAGGUUCCGUGGGGGAAAGGCAUCAUAGGCUAUGUAGCCGAACACGGAGAAACAGUCAAUAUACCCAACGCAUAUGAGGAUCAUCGUUUCAGUGAUGAAAUUGACAAGUUGACUGGCUAUAAGACUCAGUCCAUUCUGUGCAUGGCCAUACGCAACAGUGAUGGUGAGGUCAUUGGUGUAGUUCAGGCCAUCAACAGGAACCCCAGUGGAACUCCAUUCACUGAAGAUGAUGAGAAGGUGCUGCAAAUGUAUUUGCCAUUCUGCGGAAUAUCGAUCUCCAAUGCCAAACUCUUCUCUGAAUCCCGUAAGGAGUAUGAUAGGAGCAGGGCCCUGUUGGAGGUGGUGAAUGAUCUGUUUGAGGAGCAGACGGACCUGGAGAAGAUUGUGAGAAAGAUCAUGCAGCGCGCGCUGACGUUGCUACAGUGCGAGCGCUGCUCGGUUCUUCUGCUAGAAGACAUCAACUCCCCUGUGGUGAAGUUCUCCCAGACAUUUGAGCUCAUGUCUCCACUGUGCAGCGUUGAUCGUGACAUCAGCAUGGAGAAGGUGUCGUGCUCGGACUGGUUGAUCAAUAACAGCAUUGCUGAGUUGGUAGCAUCUACCGGUUUGCCUGUUAACAUUAGCGACGUCUGUCAGGACCCACGCUUCGAUACUGAAGCAGACCAGGCUUCCGGUUUCCAUAUCAGAUCAGUUUUGUGUGUCCCCAUCUGGAAUCGGACCCAUCAGAUUAUUGGUGUUGCCCAGAUACUAAACCGCUUGGACAGGAAAACCUUUAAUGAUGCAGAUCAAAGACUAUUCGAGGCAUUUGUUAUUUUCUGUGGUCUGGGCAUUAACAACACUAUGAUGUAUAACCAGGUUAAGAAGACUUGGGCCAAGCAGUCUGUUGCCCUAGAUAUGCUGUCCUAUCAUGCGACAUGCUCCAAGGCAGAGGUUGAUCGACUGAAGGCUGCUAAGAUCCCCCUAAGCAGCGAGCUUGGGAUCGAUGAGUUCCACUUCAAUGACUUUUCUCUGGACAACGAUGCCAUGAUCACCGCCUCCCUGCGGAUGUUUUUGGAGCUUGGUGUCGUGCAGAAAUUUAAAAUUGAUUAUGAGGUGCUGUGCCGGUGGCUGCUUACCGUCAGGAAGAACUACCGCACUGUAGCUUACCACAACUGGAGACACGCCUUCAAUGUGUCGCAGUGCAUGUUUAUCAUGAUCACAACUGCUGGGUUUCAGGAAGUGCUGACAGACACUGAGAAUCUGGCUCUUAUGGUCGGAUGUCUCUGCCAUGAUUUGGAUCAUCGUGGAACAAACAAUGCCUUUCAGGCCAAGUCUGGGUCUGCACUAUCACUGUUAUAUGGAACAUCAGCCACACUUGAGCAUCAUCAUUUCAAUCACGCAGUCAUGAUUCUACAGAGCGAGGGGCACAACAUCUUUGCUAAUCUGUGCUCUAAAGAGUACAGUAACAUGAUGCAGCUGUUGAAACAGGCCAUUUUGUCUACAGAUCUCACCUUGUACUUCAAGAGAAGAACCAAAUUCUUUGAGCGUGUUCUGUCCGGUCAGUUCAGUUGGAGCAACGAGGAACACAGAGAAAUCUUCAGAUCCAUGCUGAUGACUGCAUGUGACUUGGGUGCUGUGACUCGACCGUGGGAAAUCUCAAAACAGGUGGCUGAACUGGUCACCAGUGAAUUUUUUGAACAGGGAGACAGAGAGAGAUCAGAGCUAAAGUUGACACCAGCAGCAAUUUUUGACCGUAAUCGUAAAGAUGAACUUCCUGUACUCCAGUUGGAAUGGAUUGAUGGGAUCUGUAAGCCCCUAUAUGAGGCUCUUGCGAAGUUGAAUAGGAAGCUACAACCAAUGGUAGAUGGGAUCGAUGCAAAUCGAAAGAAGUGGGAGGAGCUCUGUCUGUCCUAUAAGCAAACACGAAGAGCCUUGGAGUGUAGUAGCAGUCUGGAGGCAGGAGAGUUUAUAGAGGCUCCAGAAAAGGCCGAUGUGAAAUUAACCAUCGACCAUGUGAUGACUGGAGUCCUGCCAUACUGCUGGAAGCAGUCAUGAGGAUGGAAAUUUUUCUCCGAAAAUGCACGAGAGGGGGAACAACGAGCGGCUGACGGCUGUCUCGCUCAAUUAGUGAGGCCGAGGAAAGUCUGUCAGAAAAACAUGCCGCUGCGGUUUUGGUUAUGUGCUGAAGAUGAAAUGAGCAAAAUGAUAUGUUUUAGUAAAGCACAUAUUUCACAGCAUAACCUACAUAGAGUUUUCUCAAUUUAUUUUACACAUUUUACUUCAUUCAUUAUCCUUAUUCAUUAAAG